AUGGCAACUCAAAAUGAGUAUCUGAAAAAUCUUGAGAAGAAGAAUAAAGCUGUUACAAGAAAACAUUCUCUCGGUGACAUAAACGCCAAGGAUGAAGAGGGGAGAAGUGAGGAGGAUUCUGAUCUUCUCUCCCUUGCUAAGGAAUUUGCCGAAGAGUUGGAUUCACCUUUUAUUAAGACUGGGAUAAGCCGGAAACUAGAACCGGAAGUGCCGGAAGUUCCCUUUGUUUCAUCGCUAAAGAAGACGACCUCAGAGACUUCCAGCCAGAAAAAUGUUGGUAGUGCUCUAGCGUCAUUCAUGAAAUUCGACAGAAAAUACUCUACAUUAACCCAGGUAAACCCUGGUUCAGAUACUGAGUCUGAGCCUAUUAUGUCCGAGGAUGCGGCUCAAAGUCCAUCAAAAAUAGCCUCGGAGCUAGAGGACAAACACUUUCCCAGCAGGAGAAGGAGAAUUUCUUCAACGUCUAGUGCAGGGAAGGGAAGAACCAGUUUAGGUUUGUCCCCCUCCCCUCGGAGUUCCAGGAAAUUAAGUACUAGUCCCAGGAAUAUAAUAUUUAUUCCAGGUUUGUCCCCCUCCCUUCGGAGUUCCAGGAAAUCAAGUACUAGUCCCAGGAAUAUAAUAUUUAUUCCAGGUUUGUCCCCCUCCCCUCGGAGUUCCAGGAAAUCUAGUACAAGUCCCAGGAAUAACAGGAACAAACUUCAUCUCAACGUAGGAAUAGCUCGGAAGGUUAGCAAUGAGUCAAUGAUUACUGCAACUCCGAUACCAACAAUAUCAGAGAUUUCUGAUAUCCAAUCCAGAUCUUUAUCCCCUCGUUCUCCACUCCUGGAUAUCAUCAAUCUCAGGGAUAUCAGUGAAGUGCUUGAUGAACUAAAACCUGAUGAGGAUCUUCAAGAUGAAGAUAGUAUUGUUGAUGGCGAAGAUGUUGUUGUAAUAGAUGUUGCAAAAUCUCCAGAUGUUUCAACCCAGGUUGAGAUAUUCAACCCAUCACCUGCUAGAGUCGGAGAAGCAGAGAAAAAUCCUUUCAUCUUCAGCGCUGAGAAAAGAAAAGCAAGUAUUGAUCAUGGUUCGGAACCAAAAUCAGAAAUAGGAAGGAAAAGAAGAGAAGACAGCAAUAAAAGAAAAUCUGAAAUUCAGCAGAAGGAGUCUGCUGAAAGUUCAAGAUCAGAGCAGAUUAAAAAUAUAAUUCUAGCAUCUUUAGAACCAGAGGAUACAGAGGCUACAGAGGAAUCACAAACAUUAAAAGAUUCAACUAUAUCAGAACAACAGAUAAAGGAGAAAAAAGAGAAGUGUUCUCCCAAGAAGAAGAAAAAAAGAGUCUCUGAGAGAUUUGAAGAGAGUCCCAGCUGUUACUACUGUAAGCGCCUCUGUAGCUUUCAUCGACAAGAGGUUUUAUCUGGACAGAAACCAACAGCAACAACAGUACUAGGUUUUCAACAGCCCUCAACAACAUCACAGUUUCAGCAAAAUAUUCCGCGGCUUCAGAGAUAUAAUUCUACAGCGGAUAUAUCUGUUCAAGCCGGGAAACCAACGCUGCAUCAUUAUCUUUUUGAUCCUACCCUGGAUGCAACAUUUGAACCUCCUGGAGAACCUAGAGAUCAGCUGAUUAAUCAGCUGACUCAAUCAGCUGCUGCUGAGAGCGUGAUUAAACUGAUGAAGAGUCAGCUGGAUCUAACUGAGAAACAUCUCAGGAUUCAGAAAGAUUUAUACACACAGUACUGUAGGAAUCUUGAGUUGGUUUCUAGAUCUCGUGUGCAUGAGAAUCCUGGAGAGAAAAUCCUGUAUGGAAGGAAUGGAAGGAAUGGAAGGAGUGAAAGGAGUGAAAGAUUUCCCGGAUCCAGGUUGACCUACAGCGAGGCCGUCCGGCUAGUCAAACAGGAGAUGGAUCGGGAGAAAGACGACCUUCAAGGUAUCCCUGUAUCUGAAGGAGGUAGGAGAGAGAAACCAAGGAAAUGGAAAAAAGGAGAAGAAUCUGAUAUAAAAGAAAAUAUCUGCUCGGAGAACAACAGAACCCGGAAAGAGAAAGAAAAUGGCGCUAGGGAACAGACGAAUAUUACAGGUUUACAUGGAAAACAAAAUGUCGGAUGGGAGACAGAAAAUGAAAGUUUGGAGGAAGUUCUUGAAGAGUACAACGAUGACUUUGAGACGGAUUCAGAGAUUCAAACGGAAACCUAGCAGUAUUAUUCUCAAGUAGCUCAAGUGCCUGGCGUUGCCUGUGAAA